AUGGGGGAGGAGGAUAUAGUUAUCACCCUUGAAGCUGUGCAAGAGCUUAAGCGCAAGGUAAUUCCUAAUAAGAAGUUACACCUUUUUGAUGAAUUGCUUUUGGUUGCUGCUGUUUAUAGCAACAAGGAAGAUGAAGUGAUACAAGCCUUAAGAGAGCGCAGCAAGUCCCAAGAAAGUGGUGAGAGUACGAGUUCCGCUGUUGAAUCUCUGAGAAAGCUUAAUGCUGAUAGAGUAAUCCGCAAGAGGUGGGACGAGAGUAAUGAUGUUCAUAGUGAUCUUCGUCCGGAAUUGAAGAAGAAGAACUUGGAUUACUUUGACUCUAAGGAUGAUCAUGAUCAUGGUGAUCUGGGCGACAAGAGAGACAUGGUUAUCUUCACCUCCGAGAAAGAUGAAGAUGCUGUUCGUACUGACUAUAUAAGAAAAAAUGAGGAUGACGACGACGACGACGACGACGAUGAUGAUCGGCCUUUGACAAAGAGAAAGCGCGAGGAGAAGGGCAAGGGCUUGAUGACAAGAUAUUACUCACCACCAAGUAGCCAUCCUCAACAAUUGUCUCAAGGGUACAUCAGAAAGAAGAACUCAGAGUCUCAUAAGAAGUUUUUCAACUCCAACGAUGGCGAUCAUAGUGAUUUACGUAACAAAAAAAAGACGGUUUCCUUCAAAGGCAAAAAACAGAGCUACUCUGCCUUUGAAUCUCAAAGAAAUAAUGGUAUAGAACCACGUAAAAGGAGUUAUGAGAAUGAUGCAGGAGAUACCGACUGGGAUUUCGACUCCAAGGAGAGCAAGAAUAAGGGCAAGGCUCUGAUACAUCAUAGGGAGACGAAGAGGCGAAAACAUAACUCACCGCCAAAUAUUGUUCAUCGAGAUUUGCCUGGAAGUGUCAAGAGAAAAAUUGAAACUAUGGGAGGGGAUGGUGAUAAAGCGCAGUUGGUGUUUCAAAAGGAAUUGUACAUUUCGGACAUAAAGAAGCAGCAAAACCGGCUGUCAAUGCCUAUAAACCAACUCCUACGCAAUUUCUUGGAGCCCCAUGAAGUGAAAAGGCUUGAAAAUACAGCAGAAUUCAUGGACAUCACAAUUAUUGAUCCCAUGGGCGAAGAGGAAUCGCUGCACUUCAAGAAGUGGAAGUAUAAGGAAACUAGCGUGUCGAGUGUCAAAUCGUAUGUUUUGAUAAAUCGAUGGGCACAUGUUGCCAACAAAAACCGUCUCAAACAGGGUGACCUGAUCCAAGUUUGGUCAUUCCGGGACAUCAGGAACAACCUUCACUUGGCUGUUGUCAAGAGGGAUGAGAAUUGUGACGGCGGCGCCGCUGGCUUCGGUAGUAGUAGUAGUAAUGCAGCUAAUGCUAAUGCUAGUGUUGUUCGUGGAGAAGGUAGCAGCAAUGCUAAUUCUAGUUCUGGUGAAGGUAGUUCUGGAGAUCAUGACAAGGAAGAUGGUAUAACAGUGGGGGUACUAGUUGAGGAAAGCAGAAGCAAAGUGAGCUCUGAGAAAUCCAUGGAAGAUGUUGAUUAA